AUGGAUCCCGAAUCUUUUACUGAUCGUAUCAAAGCGGUGUGUGGUCGCUUGGAAGACUAUCUGUUCCCACAUGCUCGAAUAUUCACAAACAGUGUCAUCUAUUCUAAUGAUGUUAGAAACAUCCUUAAAGACUCGGAUUCUCAUGAUGAUGCCUUGUUUCGUAUAGUUGCCGGGCCAGAUCAAAUAACUGCUCCUUCAGAUGAUAAUAAUAAUAGUGCACACUUUGAUAUCUCUGCUCAAAUUGACCGUCAUUAUCAAAACAUGGUUAGAGCUCGAGCGGAAAGAGUUGACGGGAGACCCACAUAUGUUGAUGAAUCAUAUGAAGAUUGGGUUUCACAUCAAUUUGAUAAUCUUGGUCAUAAUACUGCAGUAACAAUAGCUGAAAGUAUUGAUCCUGAACUGUAUCCUGCAAGUUUAACAUCCAAGGAAGAUUAUGUUAGUGAAAAGACUGCUCUUACAACGAUUCCCUCGUCGCCUUUAGGAAGUAAGAUUCCUUUACUUCCUAGCUCUCUGCAACUGGUACCAGGAUUUAGAAGUUCUGGAGUUGUUGAUGAGGAGUUUGCUGGAUUAUUUAAUUCUACUGUUCUGAUGGCUACAAAAUAUGAAGAUUUAAUACCAAAUACAAGAAUAUUUGUACAUGAAUUAACAGAUAUUGAACAAGAAUAUGAACUACUUAAUGAAGAUAUGAAGAAGUUGGAACAAGAAAUUGAAUCUCAACGUCAAGAAUUACGCAAACAUCAUCGUGAAGAUAACAUUAGUCCAAAUAAAAGGCGUAGAACAGGAGAUUUGAUGGAUGAUGAAGUAGACAUUGACAAAUUAAUUGCUAGAGAGGAUUUAGAAGCUCAAUAUUUGGAAAGACGUUUAAAUGAAAGAAAUUGA